UUCAGCGCCAGACGUUUCAAGUACAAGUGAUAUUAUUAAAUUGAUCUAACCGUAUUAUGACAUAACCUUAAAUUUCUCAAUAUUAUUUCAUCCUAUAUUUUCAACGUUUCUUCAAUUAUGAUAACAAAUAGAACAAGACUCGCUUGCGUUACGGUAACAACUGUCGGUGUCGGUACAGUAGUUUUCUUCCUUUGGUGGUGGUGGAACCGUAAACAGAAGUAUCAACUACCAUCGAAAUGGAGAAAAGUCGGUGAACUUAGUGAUCUCGUAACAUAUCCGGUAAAAUCAUUGGGUCCAAUUAGAUACACAACGAUGGAGUGUACUGUAUUGGGUCUUAAAGAUGGGUGGUUACGUGAUCGAACAUUAUUGGUUAUUGAUAUUAACGAACACUUUGUCACUGCUAGACAAUUUCCAAAAAUGAUACAGGUAAGAAAAUUUGUAAAUAAUUCUUUUUAA